UCAGUUUAUAUCUUAAAUAACUUCUCAAUGUCAGAAGUUUUGAAGCUGAGACCUUAAACCGAGUGUGCCAUUAUCAUUGCUGUAAGGAAUAGGCAUAUUAAAAAAUUCAAAAUAGCAUACAAACCCAGUUACCUGAAAAAAAACACGUUCGGGUGUUGUAAAUAUUCAUGACUCGGUAGCCAUUUUGUCAAGUUUGCAACCAAUUUUCUCGCUUGAACCAAUCGUUCAUCCACUUCACGUCCCGUAUGAUAAUGUAUGUCCUAUCCAUGCAUUGCACGCAUCAAAUUCAUACCCUCGCUAAUAAAAGCUUUACCACCACUUACAUUGCUUUGAUUUGUUUUGAUAAAUGUUUAUUCUCUAUUCUGUUUCUUUGCACUUAUAAUUUUAAAUGAAAUUGUUGAAGCAAGAACAAAUUGCGUGUGUUUUUACCGGAUAUAAAUAUCAAAGUUGUUAAUCUUUACAUUACAACAAUUGAUGUGUUAAUGGAAUGCAAUAAUUGAUUACAAAAAGAUUCCCGGCAAUAUUUACGUGAACUAACAGAUACAUAAUUUCAUACAAUUUGGUUUGUGAUGGAAGAGAAAGCAAGAAAGAAUGGCAGACAUGAAACAAAAGCUGAACAAGUCAUGGACACGGGAUAUGCCUGGAUAAUACUGUUAUGUUAAAUAUAAAAUUAUUUAUUACAUAAAAUCACUUACAUAUCCGGCCAUGUAUAUCUUCUCGUAAUCGUUUCUUAAAUAAAUUAAUAAUAUGUAAUAUAUGGCUGUUACUAAUUUCUUUAUUUUAAAACAGUAAACAACUGACAAAAGGAUGGAAAUCUAUAUUACCAGACAAUAUUUGAGUAUUAGAUACUUACGAUAUUUUAGAAAGAAUAAUACUGUCUAUAAAACUAAUCAUUAUGAUUAGAACUUGGGAUACCAAAAUAAAAAUGUAUAUAUUACAACAAACAACAGUGAAACACAAUACAAUCUGUUACUUUCCAAUUGUGUUACACAACAAAAUUACAUUUCACUAUUCUAACUUACUCACAUAGAUAAUGGUUUCGUAUUUACUAUUUUCAAAGCAGUUAUUAUCUUUAACUGUUGGAACUCAUGUGUCUCGGUGCUAUUUCGUAACUGAAAGCAUAUGUUCUUCUGUCUGUGUUCACCUACAUGUAUACCUUCAAAAUUAAUUAAAAUACUUGCUUCAAGACCACAUUAAUUCAUUUUGCAUCAAAUUAAAAAAGAAAAACUGACAACACGAUUUAACUAAAUACCUACAGCACCUACAUUAAGAUAAUCUUAUGAAAUUUAAAGUAAAGUCAUUAAUUACGAAUUAUUCAAUGGAUAUAUUCGAUGUAUAUACAUGUUACUGCCAUUUUCUUUUUACUUAUAGGAAGUGUUAUCAUUUACCUGCUUGGGAUUGGCUCUUUGAAAGCAUUUGGUGUGUUGUACACAGAGAUGUUGGAUCACUUCUCGGCAGGAUCUGGAAAUACAGCUUGGAUAGGAAGCAUAACCUGGUUUCUUGUACAUGUCCUUGCACCAUUGGCAAGUUUUCUAUGCAGAAGAUACUCCUUCCGAUUGGUUUCGCUUGUUGGUGGUUUAAUGGUUGGAUGUGGUUAUUUCUUGUCCGGAUUUGUUACUCUAAUUGAACUUAUGUACUUGACCUUUACGAUAAUUGGUAUAGGAAAUUGUUUGUCACACGUCUCAUCUGCCAUUAUUAUCAACUCAUAUUUCAAGAAAAGAAGAACUUUAGCAAAUGGUGUUAUGGCAUCAGUCGGAGGGGUAGCUGUUCUUUCGUUCCCAUCCCUUUACAGGUAUUUGAUUGACAAAUAUGGUCUAUCACAAGCACUUUGGGUGAUUGGUGCAUUCGUUUCAUUUGUGUGGCGAGCUGUUUAUUUCGGGAGCCAAAAAUAACAAGUCCAAGUAACAACGCACAGGCAAAAAUUGAAGACAGCAUUCCAGAUAAAACAGAUGAAAACCAUAAAAAUGUUGCAAUGCACUUAACCUUAAUUUUUGCUUGUUAAAGAACAGACGUUUCAUACUGUUACUUUUAGCUUUCACAAUCUGUUCAUUUGGCCACUUUACCAAUUACAUUCUAAUUCCUGCCCAUAUUAAAGCACUUGGGUAUAGUAACACUUACAUAACAAUAGGUGUAUCUAUAACUGGUGGUGCAGAAUUAAUCGCAAAGAUUGUUGUAGGAUGGUUUGAAGAUAUUAAUUAUAUUGAAAAGAAAUAUAUAUUCGUAGUUGGAGGAGUUUCUGCUUUGAUAUCACCACUGUUUGAUACUUUUACGUUUAUAGCAGCGUAUGCAGGAGUUGCGGCAUCGUUUCCAGCGUCUUAUAUUACCUUAAUACCAGUGUUAGCGAUUGAAAGAGCGGGCAUGGAAAAUUUCCCAGCAGCCUUCUCGAUCAUAUUGGUCUUUAUGUCAAUUCCGUCUUUGAUCUGCCAACCUAUAGCCGGUAGGUGCAACAUAUUUACCAAACACAUUUUCUUUUUCUUUUAUGCAUAAAUACUAGUUAAAAUGAAAUUUCCUUGAUAUCAACUUUAAUAUCAAAUCUGUUUUCCCCACUGGUAGCCCUCAAUUUAAGAGUUUUUCUCAUAAAUACAUGAAGUAUUGAGCAUGUCUCCAGUAGUUCAAAAAUCAACGUUUGUGAUGAUGUUAUCUAAUUCAU